UGCCUCAACUAAAGUAAACGAGGAGAAAAGGUUCUUCUUCUUUGUCUUCAACGACAUGAAUUUGCAGAGCAGUUUUCCCCUGCUUUUGCAACAAUACACAGCGCUUUUGAAGAAGAAUUUCUUGCUCUCAUGGCGGAACAGGAAGGCUUCGUUCCUUCAACUCCUCUCUCCUCUCUUCUUCUUGUUUCUUAUAUUCGCCAUUGACAGGGCCAUUCAGGCUCGCUACUCCUCGUCCACGGUUAACGAGAGCGUCACCGAUCCUGACCCGUUGCUCUCGCCUCCGAUUACUCCCUGUGAGGAAAAGUUCUUCGUUAAGCUUCCUUGCUAUGAUUUCGCUUGGAGCGGAAAUGGGAAUCCCAAAUUUCAGACCAUUGUUGGUCGUAUCAUGGCUAACAAUCCUGGCCGGCCCAUCCCCCCCGCUAAGGUUAUAUCCUUUAGCAAUGGGGCUGAAGUGGAUGACUGGCUUUUCAAGAAUCCUUUGCGUUGUCCAGGUGCUCUGCAUUUCACCGAAAAAAAUGCGACUGUCAUUGGCUAUGGUGUGCAGACAAAUUCAACCUUUAUACAAAAGCGAGGGCACUAUGAAGACCCCACUUUUGCUUUUCAACUCCCACUUCAGCUUGCUGCGGAGCGUGAAAUUGCUAGAUACCUGAUUGGAGACCCAUCCUUCAGCUGGAGCUUUUCUUUCAAAGAAUUUGCACACCCUGCCAUAGAAUAUUUCUCAACAGUGGGUUCAAUAGGUCCAGCAUUUUUCCUUGCAAUCGCCAUGUUUAACUUUGUUCUUCAGAUGGGCUCUCUGGUGACGGAAAAAGAAAAUAAACUUCGUCAGGCAAUGAUGAUGAUGGGCCUCUAUGACUCCGCUUAUUGGUUAUCCUGGAUUACCUGGGAGGCAGUUAUUACACUUAUAUCGUCCCUUCUCAUUGUUCUUUUCGGAAUGAUGUUUCAAUUUGACGUUUUCUUGAAAAACAGUUUCGCGGUCAUGUUUUUUCUGUUCUUCCUUUUUGAACUCAGCAUGACAGGAUUUGCCUUCAUGCUAUCUUCUUUCAUUCGUAAAUCAUCUUCAGCCACAACAAUGGGAUUCUCCAUAUUUAUUAUUGGGUUUUUGACUCAGAUUGUUGUACAAGCAGGAUAUCCAUAUGAUAAUGACACUUCCCAGGCUUUCCGAAUCGUCUGGUCAUUUUUCCCACCAAAUCCGUUUGCUCAAGGUCUAAACGUGCUUGCAAAAGCAACUUCCACUCCUGAAGACGAUGGUGUUAGAUGGAGUAAACGGGGAAAAUGUGCUCCAAACGAUGAGGAUUGUUUCAUAACAAUUAAUGAUAUUUAUAUGUGGCUGUUGGGUACAUUCUUUCUGUGGUUUAUUCUGGCUAUCUACUUUGAUAACAUAAUUCCAAAUGCAUCUGGUGUGAGGAAAUCAGUCUUCUACUUUCUAAACCCCAGAUAUUGGAUGGGAAAAGGAGGAGAUAAAGUGAGAGAGGGCGGGGUUUGUAGUUGUGUAGGUUCAGUCCCGCCACAAGAGUAUAUCACACCAGAUGAUGAAGAUGUCCUUGAAGAGGAAAACAUUGUAAAGCAGCAAGCAGCAGAAGGUAUGGUAGACCCAAAUGUCGCUGUCCAGAUACGUGGCCUUGCAAAGACAUAUCCUGGUGCAUUGAACAUUGGUUGCUGCUGUAAAUGCAAAAGAACUGCUUCUUACGAUGCUGUUAAGGGCUUAUGGGUCAAUUUUGCAAAGGACCAGUUGUUUUGUCUUCUGGGACCCAAUGGAGCUGGGAAAACUACUGUUAUUAAUUGUUUGACUGGGAUAACUCCAGCCACUGAUGGAGAUGCAUUGAUAUAUGGACAUUCCAUAAGAAGCUCCACCGGCAUGUCAAAUAUUCAAAAGCUUAUAGGCGUAUGUCCCCAGUUUGAUAUCUUAUGGGAUGCAUUGUCUGGUCAAGAGCACCUCCAUCUCUUUGCUAGCAUUAAGGGCCUUCCCCCAACUUCUAUCAAAUCAAUUACUCAGGAGUCAUUAGCAGAAGUGAGACUAAUAGAGUCAGCCAAAGUGAGAGCUGGAAGUUACAGUGGGGGGAUGAAACGCCGUCUUAGUGUGGCCAUAUCCCUGAUUGGUGAUCCUAAGCUAGUCAUUAUGGAUGAACCGACAACUGGCAUGGAUCCAAUAACAAGGAGGCAUGUGUGGGACAUAAUUGAAAAUGCAAAACGGGGGCGUGCUAUUGUCCUUACAACACACUCUAUGGAAGAGGCAGACAUUCUAAGUGACCGCAUUGGAAUCAUGGCGAAAGGACGACUUCGCUGCAUUGGCACGUCAAUCCGGUUGAAAUCACGCUUUGGUACUGGUUUUAUAGCUAACAUCAGCUUCCAUGGAAACAAUUUUGAACAAAGUCCUGCCAAUAGAGAUGCAACUUCUACAAUAAAUCAUGAGACAGUGAAGCAAUUCUUUAAGAAUAAUUUAGAUGUGAUACCAAAGGAAGAGAACAGUGCCUACUUAACUUAUGUGAUUCCUCAUGAUAGAGAGGGUCUCUUGAUGAAAUUUUUUGAGGAACUCCAAGAUAGAGAAGAAGAAUUUGGCAUAUCUGACAUCCAGCUUGGUCUUGCAACUCUUGAAGAGGUUUUCUUGAAUAUUGCAAGACAAGCAGAGCUAGAAAGUGCUGCAGCUGAAGGGAGCUUGGUAACUCUGACUUUGACUUCUGGUGAAUCUGUUAAGAUACCUGUGGGAGCAAGGUUUGUGGGGAUUCCAGGGACUGAAUCAGCUGAAAACCCCAGAGGGAUUAUGGUGGAAGUAUAUUGGGAGCAAGAUGAUACUGGUUCCCUUUGCAUUGCUGGACACUCACGGGAAAUUCCAGUACCUCCUAGUGUUGAACUAUCUGCUUCUCCAGCCUUAACAAGACGUCGAAGUCGCCGGCGGUCAGAGCCAGUGGAGGGGAUUGUGAUUGACCCCAGUCAAGUUAGUACCGUCAAUUUCCAGUGAUGCUGGUGAUCCUCAGAGACUCUCAUAAACGUGUGUUAAUAUUAUAGUUCUUUUGUACAUAUGAUAUUGGCCUUCUCGGCUUGAAUUUUGCUUUUUGCAGUAUAGCAAAUUUAUUAAAAAUCACAGGUUUAUUGUUGUUGUUCAAACAUUGGUCUUGUACUGGCCUUUUGUUCACAUGAAAAAUAAAGUUAUGUUUAUGCAA